CAGCCUAAGAUAUCGUCCACGGGUGCAUUGCUGCGGAGCAGCCGCACAUGGGUCCAGUGUCUUCAGCUGACAACAGCCACGCCCAGACUUUACUGUCUCGCGCACUCGAUCACAUUUCACUAUUUUUGCUUUCUGUUCACUAUCAGUGUCUCUUCGUGUGCGUCCAAGAUACCACGCUCCACCAUCCAGCCUCAAGAGAAAACACGGAGAAAUUGGGAACCCCACAUCUGAUUCAGCGUUGACGGGCAUGAAUUAAUGGCAACAACAUACGGGAGCGCGUCGGGCGACUCGCGGCGGGGGGUAUCAUCUCCUCGACCGAAAGGCCGUGAGACGAAGAAUGUUUUCUGCCGAAAUGUGACAAUAUAUGGUCACUGUCGAUUUAAAGAUACAUGCCCCUAUGUACACGAUGCGUCGAAAUUAAGCAACGCCUCGGCCCAGAACGAGAAUAUCAAAAAGCGUUUCAACGCCGACUCGCCAGCCUUCACCCCGCUUCAGCCGACAACAAACGGUGCUACAACUCCUGCGGCGCGCAGUGCAGCUAUCUCUCCGAAAGCAGCUGGCGCCGCAAUCUUCACGCCCAAAGCUCAGAGAUCCAAUAAUUCUACUCCUCUACACGUGAAGGAGCCCACAGUAGAAUGGCUUCCCCAAGAAUUCCCGGAGUUUGUCCCCCAAAAUUUCGAGGCUCAGCUGGCCGAUGCCGCAACAUCGCAAAUAUACGAUCCUUUUAACACGUCGAGUAUUGCAGGGUCUACUCACUCUGGCGCGACGUUGAACCCAUAUGCCCAGGAUGCAUCUGCACUCACUGGAGCCGCGUUCUAUCAGAAUUCCAACACCUUCCAAACCUCACCAGCUCAUCACCUCUACUGGCCGAUUGGACCACAACCAUCUAACCUGCUCGCGUAUCAGCGCACUGCGCAUGAUUUCUUCAUUCCGGAGAACCUGAGAGAAGAACUGCACCGGAAGUCUGAAAUCGCUCGGCAGGUCCUGCCCAACUCAUCACUCCCUCCCCUCGAACAAUACCAUUCUCUCGUAUGCUUGGACACGACGCAGCAGAAGAAUCAGACUCUAUUUGGCUACCAGAGUUGGGUCUAUAAAGCUGUGUCUAGCAAAGACGGCAACACCUACGCGCUCCGGAGGCUAGAAGGGUUCCGCUUGACGAACGAGAAUGCAAUCCGUACCGUGCAGAAUUGGAAGCGUGUGUACAACGGCGGAGUUGUUACCAUCCAUGACGCCUUCACCACCCGCGUCUUCGGCGACAGUUCACUCAUCAUAGUGACUGACUACCACCCUUGCUCAAAGUCACUCGCAGAAGAACACUUCCGACCUACGGGCAUGCCGCGAUACCCAGGAGCUAGACCAGUGACCGCAGUACAAAUCCAAGAGCAGGCUCUUUGGGGUUAUAUUGUGCAGAUCGCGUCAGCUUUGAAGACAAUUCAUGGCAUGAACCUGGCUGCUCGCCUCAUCACCCCUUCUAAGGUCUUACUGACCUCCAAAAACCGUAUUCGACUCAAUGCUUGUGCCAUACUCGACGUCGUACAAUACGAGAACGCUCGCCCUCUCGCCGAAAAUCAAGCGGACGACUUUACGCAGCUAGGCCGAAUGAUCCUGAGCCUCGCAACCAAUAACCCCAAUGUCCAGCUCAAUAUCCAGAAAUCCUUCGACCAGAUGCCACGAACCUACAGCCCGCGACUGAAAGAGUGUAUCCUCUGGCUGCUUGCUCCCCCGCCCUCCCAUACCACUCCCACCUCACCCACUACUAGUGCAGCCCCACUCCAGAAGGAUAUCGACACCUUCUUGCCCUACAUCACCGACCACAUCACCACCAUGCUCGACAACACCAUUCACGCCGAAGACACCCUCACAAACGCCCUCGCACGCGAGCUCGAGUCGUCGCGCCUCGUGCGCCUUCUGGUCAAACUUAACUUCGUUAACGAGCGCCCUGAGCUCGACGCCUCUCUUCCUGGCGGCUCAGCCUCAUCCGCCGCAAACGCCUGGUCCGAGACCGGCGAGCGCUACUACCUAAAGCUCUUCCGCGACUACGUCUUCCACCAGGUCGAUGCACAGGGCCAUCCAGUGACGGAUCUCGCUCAUGUGCUUAACUGUCUCAACAAGCUCGAUGCUGGAAGCGAGGAGAGAGUGAACUUGAUCAGUAGGGAUGAGCAAAACGUCCUUGUUGUCACCUAUCGUGAGCUCAAGCGCGGAAUGGACAGUGCGUUUCAGGAUCUUGUGAAGGCGGGCAACAGGAGGUGAGAGAUGGUGCAAGGAGCCUCCUCAUCAUCACCACAAACCUUCUGAAUCGUGUAGAUUGCUGUGCGGCCUCUGUUUGCUCACUUUGCCCUAGGUCCCCAGGACGGGAAUCGGAAUCGGAAAGCGUGUGAGCGGUCGAGCGAAAAUGCUUUACUUUUUGUUUUUCUGUUUUGUCUGUUUGAUUUGCAGCUUGGAGGGGGUGGUUGAUAAGAAACCCUGA